CUGAGGAAGGCUUCAAAACGAUUAUAACGAGAUACCGUAACACUGCCUUCCGAAUCGGCAGUGAUAUGCUGCGAUGUCAACGGACUGGGCGUGGCCCGUUACAUCGAGCAGUCAUAUUUCCCCUGAACACAUAUUUCAUCAAAUGCGUUACGCAACGACACUGGUGCGUAAAUCUUCACAUACGGUGGUACUGUUGCAAUCCGAGUGUGCACAGGCAAAACAUCAUUUGCGAACAUUUGGAAAGCACCAUGAAGCACGGUUCUAACCAAUCCUGACCACCCAGCUACGUCAAUUCUCACAUCUCGACCGUCCACGUUGCGGGCCCAGUUUCGAAGGCGUACCAGUGGCACGAAUCAUGAAGCAAGUGGGGGAAAGGCCGAACCUGUGGGUCCCGGGAAGCGUCCCGCCUGGGAUCCUCUCUUCGCUUCGUGGCUUUCGCCCGAACUCGCAUCACGCCCGCUUCCCCUUCCUACCCAUCGCCCUGACUACUCACCUGAGCUUUGUUUAAUGGAUGCCAUUGUUUCCUCCCUCGAACAAGUCCGAGAUAUCAGCUCCCGGAACCUAACCGUAUAUCUCUGAGCCUUUAGUCCUCUUGCUCUUUGGAUCAGCAGUGACAAGCUGGUGGAUCGAAAAUACCAGGUGCAUAAAGUGGCUGAUGAGAUUAUUAUGGACUUCACUGAUCAAAUUAAUCUAUUGGAAAGCAAGUACCAGAAGGCAGUGAAAGAUCUGUACACACAAUUAACUCCAAUUCAACUAUUGCAUAUUGCUUGUCAUCCCAACAGACCAACAUUCCUCGACCAUGUUUUGAACAUCACCGACAAGUGGGUUGAGCUCCAUGGAGGCUGUGCAGUUUAUGAUGAUCCUGCUAUUGUUCUAGGUAUAGAAAGUAUAGAUGGAAAAAGCUAUAUGUUAAUUGGUCACCAGAAAGGCAGGAACACUAAGGAACAUAUUCAGCGUAACUUUGGAAUGCUGACUCCACAUGGCUACUGGAAAACCUUGCACAUGAUGAAGUAUGCGGACCACCAUGGAUUUCCCAUCAUCACAUUUAUUGACACACCUGGGGCAUUUUCUGAUCUUAGAUCUGAAGAACUUGGUCAGGGAAAAGCAAUUGCCUUCAAUUUAAGGGCCAUGUUUGGCGUAAAGAUUCCAAAUGUUACCGUUGUGAUUGGUGAAGGUGGAUCUGGUGGAGCUCUUGCUAUUGGCUGUGCAAAUAAGUUAUACAUGUUGGAGAAUUCUGUCUUUUAUGUUGCCAGCCCAGAAGCAUGUGCUGCAAUUUUGUGGAAGACCUCUCAAGAAGCUCCAAAGGCAGCAGAGAAACUAAAAAACACAGCCACCAUUACACAGCCACCAAACUGUGUAAUUUAAAGAUAGCUGAUGGGAUCAUUCCAGUGGAGGGAACAUUAAACUCGGUCACACAAACACGCUGGGUCACAACACACCUGAAUGCUUUCUCUGCGAAGCAAACACAAGCAAGAGAACACAGGAACAGGGAACAGAUGCUUCUGGUUCAGGGAGUCUUCUCCAUCCUUCUCUCAGACUCGUCAAGCGCCGAAGCAGCCGAAGCCCUUCUUCUUCGGAGGCUUGCCCGUGGCACGAUACUUGGCAGCGGCUUCUUCCACCUUGAGGAGCUCUUCCCCACGCUUCGCCUCCACCAUCGCUCGCUUCUCUUCUGCUGCUUUGUGGACCAUGGCGAUCUUGUUCUUUAUUUUCUCCUUCGUUUCUGCCUUCUUGUUCUCAAGAUUUUGCUGCUCACACAUUUUGAAUCAAUUGUCACAGGCAACUUAAGCUUGUCAGUAUCGGGAAGACGAAGAGUAACAGCAUAGCUGGUGCUCAACACUUGCUCGAGUUGAAGCGAUCCCGAGUUGGAGAUGCAGGGCGAGUACCGAGUCAAAUACUCAAAACACCAAGGAAAGGAGAUGUACCUCGAUCUUUUGCAGCUGUGAUUGCAGAGAUGCCUUCUUCGAGUUCUCCCAUGAAGUGAUAGAUGACUUCUUCUUUUGAGCUCUGUUUCGACAUUCCAAUGAUGUCGAUUAACCAAAGAUAGAUAAGACGGAGAGACUUUCGAAGAGUCUAUAAUAACAGCAGGUGACCUUUUUUUUAA